AUGGGCAAGUGGAACUUGCAACGGAGGCGCUUGCAAAAUGAGCUACCGCGCUUGCACGAGCUAGAGUGUGCCGUGCAGACCGAGCUGAACGACGUUCGAGGACGUGAGGAGUUGUUUCUGCGCUCUAACUCGGAGCUUACAUCGCUCAUGAAAACGCUUGGUCGCACACAUGGCCGCGCUUACUUUCGCUACGUAUUGCGUGAUGUGUUUGGCGAGAAGUCAAAGCUGUACAAGACACGUGGAUUGCCUUCGACUGAGCAGGUGUGUGCGUAUGCAAAGAGUGUUAUACAGCGACUGGCCAAGGCCAUUCACUUUGCCCCACUCGUGUUGCGCGCCGGAUGUCAUUACAUGCUCACUGAGUUUCGCAAAGCCUUUCCUGAGUGUAAACACGAUGUACGUAUUGUCGUGGGAAGCCUGCUCUUCCUGCGGAUACUCUGCCCGGCCCUCAUCAAGCCCGAGUUGUUUGAUUUUCCCGCUCACACAGCACAGUCACUACACAUGGGAGUGCAAAUUGCAAAGAUCCUACAGCACACUCUCAGCGGGACGCCUGUGGGCGAAAAUGACCAUACGGUGAACGGCAGCAACGCCUUUAUUCACACAUUUCAGCCGUAUGUGGCAAACUUCCUCGCACGGUUUCCUCAGAUUCGUGCUGUGUUUAGUAAUGAAGAGCAUCAACAGGUGCCUGAGGUGCGUGCGCCAGCACCUUCAACACCUACACGAGCAGGCAACUGGUCGCUGUCACCGCAUGCGGAGUCCUGGGACCCGCAUCGUCCUACAGGCAAGAUGCAUUGUCUUUCAAUGAGCGCUAACAACGCUAUAAAGUACAAGAAGAAGUUUUCACUGCGCUUUUGGUCCCGGGGUCCUGGAGACGUUACACAAGGGCCUACACCAUGA